GGAAACGGAAGAGAAGAAACACACACACGGGGAACACUGGAUUAAACAGCCGCCAUGCAGAAUAAAGAAAACCGGGAACCCAAAGUUCAACAAACACCGUCUGCUGGUGUGGGUCCGCUCAGAGUUGAGAUGAAUCCAGACACACACGCAGUCUCAGGUCCUGGCAGAGUUCCUGUCAAGUCAAACUCCAAAGUGCUGUCCAUCGAUGACUUUGACAUUGGCCGUCCUCUGGGAAAGGGUAAAUUCGGGAACGUGUAUCUGGCGCGCGAGCGGAAGCUGAAGGUGGUGAUCGCGCUGAAGGUGCUCUUCAAGUCUCAGAUGGUAAAAGAGGGAGUGGAGCAUCAGCUGCGCAGGGAGAUCGAGAUACAGUCACACCUCAGGCAUCCCAACAUCCUUCGCUUCUACAACUACUUCCAUGACGACACCCGUGUGUUUCUGAUUUUGGAGUAUGCGCCGCGUGGUGAGAUGUACAAAGAGCUUCAGCGAUACGGACACUUUGACGAUCAGCGCACUGCUACUUACAUGGAGGAGGUGUCGGACGCGCUGCAGUACUGCCAUGAGAAGAAGGUGAUCCACAGAGACAUUAAACCAGAAAACCUGCUGCUGGGAUACAGAGGAGAACUGAAGAUCGCAGACUUCGGCUGGUCUGUGCACGCGCCCUCACUCAGACGGCGGACGAUGUGCGGUACGCUGGAUUACCUGCCGCCAGAGAUGAUCGAGGGCCACAGUCACGAUGAGAAGGUGGAUCUGUGGUCCAUCGGUGUGCUGUGCUACGAGUGUUUAGUGGGAAACCCUCCAUUCGAGACCGCCAGCCACGCCGAGACAUACAAGCGCAUCACUAAGGUGGAUCUGCAGUUCCCGAAGCUGGUGUCUGAGGGCGCGCGGGACCUGAUCUCCAAGCUGCUGCGCCACAGUCCCUCCAUGCGCCUGCCGCUGCGCAGUGUGAUGGAGCACCCGUGGGUGAAGGCCAACUCCCGCAGGGUGCUGCCGCCCGUCUGCAGCUCCGAGCCACACUGACCCCACAGGACCUGAUUGAGGCCUGACAUAUACACACACCUGACUCAAUCUGUGUGUGUGUCAGAGGAAAGGAUCUCCACUGUAUUAUAGCUGUUCUUCUGUUCAUAUCCAUGUUUUAAUCUUGUCUGUCUUGUUUAAUCCUGUCAAAUAUAUAAAGCUGUUUAAAUA